CCGUCGCACCCAGGCCAAGGCGGGCGGAAAGGGAUGCGUGGUUCGGAUAGCUUGAAAGCUCCAAGUGGGGCGGAGCCGAGUGUGUGGGGAGGGGCCUCAAGGGGCGGGGCAACGUGGGAGAGAAGGGGGCUGGGUCACACCUAGUGCUGACGGAGACCCGCACCCUCCUGGCCGGCACAGCCCCCCACCCCCUGCAGCGGCACACCCCUAGCACUCCCGCCGCGCUUCCGCCCCCACAACCUACCCGCUGCGCGCUCCUCCCGGAAGCGCCUCCUAGGGCUGCAGGCUUGGCCAUGGCCUCUCUUGGGGACUUGGUACGCGAUUGGCACAGUGGCGUACAAGCUGUAGAGCGCGGGGACUGGGGCAGCGCCUUGCGCCUCUUCUCACGCGUCCCGGCGCCUCCCGCCAGGAUGUGCUUCAAUAUGGGGUGCGUGCACCUGCUGGCCGGUGACCCGGAGGCCGCGCUGAGGGCAUUUGACCGAGCAGUGACCCACGAUGCCUGCAUGGCUAUUGGCUUCUUCCAGCGAGGAGUGGCCAAUUUCCAACUGGAGAGGUUCCAAGAGGCUCUGUCUGAUUUCCGGGAGGCCCUGGCCCAGCUGAGGGACAACGCUGCCAUUGACUACACACAGCUGGGGCUGCGGUUCAGGCUGUGGGCCUGGGAGGUGCUGUACAAUGUGGCGGCAACACAGUGCCAGCUGGGGCUUUGGACUGAGGCCUCCAACAGCCUAGUGGAGGCCACGUCUAAGUGGCCAGAGUGGGCCCAGGAUAGCCUGGAUGCUGCCCUGGACCAAGUACAGAAACAGGCCUCCCUGCAGCCUCGGCAGGUCCCCAGAGGCGAGGUUUUCCGGCCUCGCCGGCGGCACCUGGAGCAUCUGCAGCCUGUGGACUUCCUGGGCAAGGCCAAGGUGGUGGCCUCUGCCUUCCCUGAAGACCAGUGCUCAGGCAUCUGGCCUCAGCAGCCUCAGGGACAGGGUGUGAACCCUGAAGCCAGGCCCGGGGCUACACCACGGGCCAGAGUUGUAGAUGCCCAAAGAGCCAGCGUCCACCACAACCCACUCGAUGCACAGACGGAGGCUGGUCCUGUCCAAGCAGGGCAAGCUGACCAUGGCACAUUGGUCUCCUGCCAGGAAGAGGGGCCCGGGAGACAGGCAUGGGGGACCCACCCCCAUCCCCGAGGUGGCUCCUGCCCCCAGGCCCAUGAGCUUGUGCUUCCCCUGCAGAGACCCCAUGUGGAGCAAGUUGGAAGACAGGCUCCUCCAUGCACAGGAUUGCUGACAUCUGGGGGGCCUAGCCCUGGCCCUGCUGAGGACCUAGAAGGUGCUGGGGGAACAGCCACCAGCAUUCCUGAGCCCUGGGUGACCAUCACUGUGCAGUGUGCCUUCACUGUGGCCCUGGAGGCCCAGAGGGGAACUGACCUGUCCAGCCUGCGGGCACUGCUAGGGCAGGCCCUCACUCGCCAGGCCCAGCUGGGGCAGCUUAGCUACCAAGCCCCUGGUGAGCAUAGGCACUGGGUCCCCAUCUCCGGGGAGGAGGCACUGCAGAGCGUAUGGCUGGAUGCGGCCACUGUCCCCAGAGGGCUGCGGCUCCAGUGUCAGGGGGCAGGGGGGCGGCCUGUCCUCUACCAGGUAGUGGCCCAACACAACUAUGCAGCCCAGGAGCCCGAGGACCUGGACUUCCAGCAGGGGGACAUGGUGGACGUGCUGUGUGAAGUGAACGCAGCCUGGCUAGAAGGCCACAGGGACGGCCGCAUCGGCAUCUUCCCCAAGUGCUUUGUGGCCCCUGCCACUCGGCGCCUGUGAGGAUCCCACCUGCCCCCGGGCCCAGCAGGGAGGAUCAGCCCCAGGAAAUCCUAUG